AUGGCCCGGCACCAGGCCCGGCAGCCGAGCAGCCACCCUCCAUGGAGCCCGACCCGCGUGUUGCUGCUGCUCUCUGCUGCCCUCGCCAGCCUCGCCACUUGGCGCAUCAUCGGAGACACGCAGCCGGUGGAGGCCGACGUGCGGCGCGGCUAUGCCGGCGCCUCCGCCUCCGACCGCUCCCGCUCGCCGGCGGCGGGCACGGGAGCCAGGCGGCAGCAGCCCGAGCACCGCUUCCUCAUUUUCUUCAGCGGGCACCAGGGCUCCAGUGCGCUGGCGGACAGCCUGGCCUCUGACCCAGCAGUCUUCAUCCCUGGCUUUGAGCCUCUAGACUACCCCGGCCUUACCGCCGCCCAGAAGAUCGCCUUCAUGGAAGCGGCAUUCACCUUCCCGGCCGACGCCGCGCGCUUCGGCGCCUGGCGCCAGGAGCUGCUGCGCGGCAAGCGGGUCGACCGCGCGCAGGUGCAGCAGUUCGCCCAGCUGGCCGGCAAGACGGUGGCGGGCUUCAAGAUGCGGCCCUACAUUCUGGAUGGCGGCACUGGCGGCGACGGCAACAGCAGCGGCAGCGGCGCCGGCAACAGCACCGUGGGCAGCCGCAUGCACACCGCCGCAUCCGGGCUGAGCCCGGCGGCCCUGCGUGCGCUGCUGGAGCGAUACGAUGUGAGGGUGGUGCUGACGCUGCGGCGCAACCGGCUCAAGGAGGCCCUUUCCUGGUACAAGGCCCGCGAGUUGGGCAUCCAUCAGUUCUCGGGGCGCGGCAAGGCGGCAGCGGCAGCAGCGGCGGUGCAGGCGGCGACAGCUGCCGCAGGCAGCAUGGCAGAGCUGCAGCCAACCCAGCAGCAACAUACUGGGCGGCGGCAGCAGGGGCAGGCAGGCCCGCUGCUCCAGGCUGGAGGCCUCGCCGACGGCGCCAAGCUGCCCAUAAACAUCACCAAGCUGCGGGACUGGCUGGAGUAUGCCGACGCCGUGAAUGCGGCCCUGCGGGAAGCGGCUGCGGCCUGCCGCCGCCCCACCAUCACCGUCUGGUAUGAAGACUUCCUGGCAGACCCCCUGGGCCAGGCGCGGCGGGCGGCGGCGUUUGUGGGCGCGCCCCACGCCGGCGCCCACGUGCGCCUGUCUGACAAGUAUCGCAAGGCGGGGCCUGACGAGGUGCACGCAUGGGUGUCCAACUACCAGGCAAGGGCAACCACCUGGCUGGCAGCAGGAGGAUGGCGCCCGGUGGCGGCGCUGCAGCGCAUCGGCCUGGCAGACCACACUGCAGGCAGUGAGGGAGCCACCUGUGAUCUCUCGCUGGCAUGGGGGCUGCUGCUGAUGCUGGCGCUGCUGCUGCUGCUGGCGCUGGUGCUGCAGGAGCUGUGUGAGGCGCUGCGGCGCACCCCGUACUAUCAGGACCUUGAGGAGGCGGCCUGCGGAACCCCCUCCCUCGCGGCGGCUGAUGAAAGUAGCAGAGAAGGCUCCGCUGGGCAUAGCAGAGCCGACCUGGCUGCUGCAGCGGGUACUGCCGGCUCGGCCCUGGCACAGCAGCCAGGCGAGCUGCUCGGCAGCUGGUGUGUGGAGCAGGAUAUGGCGGCCACAGGAUGGGCGGGGCUGAGCGACGAAGCCUGCAUGCAGAAGGUCCAGGCGGUGCGAGACGCAGCGGUGGCGGCCGUGCGUGAUGGCAACGGAACCCUCCUGUUCAAGCACGUACACAAGGCCGGCGGCAGCACGCUGUGCCAGCUGGCAAAGCGCAACAUGGCGGCAGAGUCGGCGCUGCUGCCUGGGCGCACCGACUGGGACACCAACUGUGUGCCGUACGAGGCAUUUCUUGGUCCUCACCCUGCUGUGGGCGACGGCCUCGCUCCUGCUUUGGGCAGCCGCGGUGGCGGGGUCAUUGCGCACGCUGAUGGCAGCAACGGUGGGCGCACGCUGCACGCGCACCACUGGCUGGGCGCUGCCUGCUGGCUGGGCUUCCUCACGCCCGCGCAGCUGCGCGCCCUGCCCCACCACUUCCGCCCGCUCACCUUUGUGGCCAGCGAGGGCCCGCUGCCCGAUGCGGUGCCGCUGGAUGCGCCGAUGGCCUGGGUCACCAUGCUGCGCUCGCCGCUGGACCGCGUGCUUUCCAGCUACCGCUGGUGGCGGCUCAUGGUGGAACGCAUGCCGCAGGCGCCAGCUGAGUGCCGCGCUUACUCUGCGCCCGCCAGCGCCUCGCUGGAGCAGUGGCUGGAGGCUUACCCCGCCAACUGGAUGACUCGUGAGCUGGUGGGACGUACCGCUCUGUACCAGCGCCGCAAGCUGACCGAAGCUGACCUCCUGCUGGCGAAGCGCCGCCUGCACUACUUUGCAGCCGUGCUUCUGCUGGAGGCACCACGCAGCAGCAUGGCUCUGAUGCAGCGCCUGUUUGGGUGGCGGGAGGUCGGGUGGGAGGCGGCACGUGCGGGGUCGCGUCACGACAGCAAUGCCACCGCCGAGCUGCCGCCCCAGCUGCUGCAGCGCCUGCGGCAGCGGAACCAGCUCGACAUGCGGCUGUAUGAUUACGCGCCCCAGACGUGGCUGCCAGGCCGUGACAACUCGUUUGGUCAACAGCUGCUUAGCAGCGGAGCCCUGGACCUAGGCGUAGCCGAGCAGCCGCCGCACGGCUGGUUCCGCAGGCUGGGCUUCCACUGCCGCAUGCUGUGGCGCCGCUUUGUGGCCGAGCUGAAAGCCGACUGGCCCCUGCUGAAGCCGCGCCUGUGGGUGAUCAUCCCCUGCCUCGUCUUCCAAUACAUCCACGCCAUAUUCACCGGCAUGGCAUACUACAUGCACGAGCCGCUGCCGGAGCCCGACACCACGCUGCACGACCUGGGGUUCGAGGCGCUGCCCUACCUAGAUGUGGAUGCGGUGUCGGAGGUGCUGGUGUACUGCGGCUUUGCGCAGUUCUUCCUCUGGCUGCUGAGCCCCUUUGUGACGCGGCGCAAGACCUUCAGCGCGUCUGUGGUGCUGAAGCGGGUGCUGGUGGUGCUGGUGUCGUGCCAAGUCCUGCGCAUCCUGUCCUUCCUGUCCACCCAGCUGCCCGCCCCCGCACCCCACUGCCGCGCCCCCGAGCCCACCUCCAACGUGCUGUGGCCCGUGUGGUGGCGGGUGAUCAUCGUGAAUGUGGGGCGCCAGGCCAGCAAGGGCUGCGGCGACCUCAUCUUCUCCUCCCACCUCACCUUCCUCCUCACCUUUGCCUGGUUCUACUGCUACAUGGGGCGGUACCUGGCCUUCAAGCUCUAUGCCUUUGCCUACGCAGCCGCCACAGCCCUGUGCAUCAUCGCCAGCCGCAAGCACUACACUGUCGACGUCACCGUGGCCUGCUAUGUGGUCCCGCUGGUUGCCUUCCACUUCUUCCGCACCUGGACCUACCGGCGCUACGACAUCGCCACCGCCGACAACCGGCGCCUGGUCAGCCUGCUGCCGCACCCCGCGCCGCGCGUGGCGGCGGCACUGACGGGCGGCGCCGCGGCCGCGGCCAACGGGGCAGGCAGCCUGGGGAGCAGCAGGAAGGCGACAGAUUCGUGGCAGGGCCAGGCGCACGAGGUGGCGCCAGCGGCGAGGCUGCAUGGCGGGGAGGAUGUGGAUGUGGAGAUGGCGGCCCGGCCCGGCUCCGCGCCGGUGCUUUCCACCGGGGCCAGCGACCCAGGCAGCCCCAUGCAGCAGGCGUGGAGCGCGAUCGCCGACCUGCCGCGGCGCAUGGGGUCGCGCACCGCGCCGGCGCACCGCCGCACAGACAGCCAGGAGCCUGUGCUGGGGUAUGAGGACCACAGCGCCUCCACCUCAGCAGUGUGA